UUGUUGAAUACAACGAGCCUAGUAUACAGCCCCGAAGAAGUUCUACCAUCGAGGUUAAAUUUAGCAUCACUCUAUUCUAUCGUCAUUUUAUUGUUACUGGUACUGUACUGCAGUUUGUUGUGGUUAUAUAAACAGCACUUAUAGCCAUCCCCCCCUAUUUCCGCUCAACCCCGCAGAUUAGGAUCCUAGGCAUCAGCUGGAACCCGAAGAUAAAAGCAUACGCCCUCUUUUUCAUAUAGCUACGAAAUCACAGAUACUACGCCUCGAACGUUUCACCCUCAAGGUUGAGGUCCGCACAUCAAGAAUGCGAUCUACCGCGUCUUCGGAGCACAGCAAGCCCGCAUCGCUAGGCGGCUAUGCUCGCAAGCUGUCUAUUGUUCCUAAGCCUAGCAUGACCAUUCACAUUAACAACCAUUACCAGUCCAAAGUCUACACCACUGGGUCAGAGGUAUCAGGAUAUGUGAUCAUCAACUCCCCGAGCGAUGUACGAUUCGACACAAUCCAGGUUGUACUCCUUGGGACCAGCAAAACCCGCAUGGAUGCCGUUAAUAUUCCACAGGCAACCUCUCACACCUUUUUGAAAGUCGUCAUGCCUAUUCCAGAAUCCUCCUAUCCAGUUCCGCGUAUUUUCGAAGCCGGUGUAAACUAUACAGUACCAUUCACUUUCGUCAUCCCUAGUACUUUAACGCUCAAUGCGUGUAACCAUAGUGUUGCCAAUGAUUCUGUUCAAGAACAUCAUGUACGGCUGCCACCCACUAUUGGUUCUUGGGAGAAGGAUGACUUUGCACCAAACAUGAGCCGUGUUCAAUACGCGAUCAAGGCACGUGCGUAUCAGGAAGAUAUGACCGGCGGGCAGAGUCUUAAGGUUAUGGAGGCUGGACAUGAGAUCAAAAUCUUGCCUGCAGUCUCAGAAGAUGCCCCUUUAAAUAUCACUAAACACGACGACUUGUACACCAUGACUAAGAGCAAGAACCUGCGGAAGACCAUUAUAUCACCAAAGUCUGGGAAAGUGACUGUCACGGCUUCACAACCUGGACCCGCUAUGCUGAGUCCCGAUGGACAAACGAUGACGCCGAUAACCGUUCCGCUCGAUCUCGAAUUCGUACCGGCUUCCGGCGAAGUUCACCCGCCUAAAGUGACUGGCAUAACCUCAAAGGUCACAGCGGUCACAUACUUCAGUGCCGGUGGUAUCAACCACUUUCCUAACCUCAAAGAUUGGCACCGAGCAUUCGGAUGUGAAAGCCGCGGCUCAUACUCUGGUACGACAUCUGUAUCCACAGGACGUUUUGAGCAAGUCAGAUGGAGUCGACACAUAACGGCACAAGCGAGACGAGAUUCUGGAUACGGUAGCGAUAGCCUGGCAUCGUCUGACUCGGACCAAGUGCCCAAACCCGCUCCUAAAAAGUCCAAGGGAUCUACAGCAUCUCCAAUCUAUCACACGACGAGUGUUCAGGUACCGAUUGAAUUACCAGUACAUAAGAAGACAUUCGUACCGACUUUCCAUUCAUGCAUUACCUCCCGCGUAUAUAUCUUAUGGUUGACGAUUACAUUGGUUUCCGGUGGCACUAGUGCACAUGUCACCUUAGGUGUGCCGCUUCAAAUCGGAGUCACCUCCGUAGAAUCACUUGGCAAUUAUGCAGAACUACCUCCUAGUUUUGAGGAAGCGGAAGGAGCGGAUAUUGACGAGUACCUGCGUCCGCGCUUCAUGAGCGUCCCUUCAGUUGAAUUUCACCAGAACGAAGCGUUACCAGGAUAUGCGGACCUGGACCAUUAUAGACGGACACUAGCUGCGCACUAAGCGAGUAGCUAUACGGCGGCAACUUUGUUUUAUAUUUGGGUUAUAUUUCUCUUUCCCCGUGAGACAUCUUACACGGGAUUUGAUACCACGCUCAUUGGAUUGAAACUUUUGGGCGAAUAUUUGGACAGCGCGGCGUUUAGGAUCGGAGGCAGUAUGUCUCUACAAAAUAGUAUGUUCAAAUUGGUAUAUAACCUUGUGAUCAUCACCGGUGGUGGUAUUUUCGUUUUCUUGGGUACGAAUCUUCAAAUGGGUCUUGGACUGGUCUUAUGAGUUAGCUUAAUGUUCAACACGAACCUUCGGAUCUAAUGCUCCAAAUCAUGCGUAUAUAUUUAUUGAAUAAUGAAAUCUAAUUUGACCUGCUUACAUAUAUCAAUACAUA